CGCGAAACGCUAGUGGCUGAUGACGGGGUGGUGUUGCCCUGGAGUGGGCGGGGUCUGGUUUGAGUGGGCGCAGACUUUGGAAUACUGACAGCUUCCAGCGCGCUGCACACACAUACAUACACACACACACACACACUCACACAUUUACAGUGAACAAGACACGGUUGUUCUCCGCGUAGAGAGAAAAAAGAAAGUCAUGCAGGUUUGGAACAACAUGAGGACUCUUUCCUCAUUUAUCUGAGGUAGAUGUGAUAUCCGAGAGAGACGUUACAAAGCGUGUAUCAUGGCUGUGGCCGGAUGUCCAGAUUAUUUUCUACUCCAUCCAAAUUACCAGACUCUUUCCUCAUUUAUCUGAGGUAGAUGUGAUAUCCGAGAGAGACGUUACAAAGCGUGUAUCAUGGCUGUGGCCGGAUGUCCAGAUUAUUUUCUACUCCAUCCAAAUUACCAGGAUAAUGUAGACCGAGCUGCCAAUCACAGACAGUCAGAUUUGAUUGGACCAGGUUUUCCGCCGUCAACCAAUCGGAAUUCACCCAGCCAUCAAGAGGAUGACGUGGAUCUGGAGGCUCUGGUGAAUGACAUGAACUCAUCCUUUGAGAGUCUGUAUACUUCCUGCAGUGUGCAGACUGAAUCCACUCCACUGCUGCACAACGGCCAGCUGCCCCGCCACGCCGCCUAUCAUACACACGCCCAGCCCACCUCCCCACACCAGAGACUGCACCGGUCCCAGCCCAUGCACAUCCUCGCUGUCAGAAGACUUCAGGAAGAGGAACAACAGUACCGAACGUCCUCUCUACCUGCCAUCCCCAACCCCUUUCCUGAGCUCUGCAGCCCUGCGAGUUCCCCUACGCUCAGCUCUGGCUCCUUACCUCAGUGUCAGCCCUCAGGCAAAUAUAUCAUAAAAGUCUUCAGUGAGGAUGGGAUGGGAAAGGUGGUGGAGAUCCCAGCUGACAUGACAGCACGAGACCUGUGCCAGUUUCUCGUCUAUAAAAACCAUUGUGUGGACGAUAACAGUUGGGCGCUUGUGGAGCAUCAUCCAGCCCUGGGACUCGAAAGAUGUUUAGAAGACCAUGAACUGGUUGUCCAAGUGCAGGCGUCAAUGACCAGUGAGAGUAAAUUUCUCUUCAGGAAGAACUAUGCCAAAUAUGAAUUCUUUAAAAAUCCAUUGAACUUCUUCCCAGAGCAAAUGGUUGCCUUUUGUCAGGAGACCAGUGGGACCAUCCCCCCAUCCCAGCUCCUGCAGAACUUUUUAAACUCCAGCAGUUGUCCUGAGAUCCAGGGAUAUUUGUAUGUGAAAGAAAUGGCCAGGAAAUCAUGGAAGAAACUGUAUGUGUUUUUAAGACGGUCAGGAUUGUACUUCUCAACAAAAGGAACGUCAAAGGAGCCCAGGCAUUUACAGCUACUAGCAGACCUGGAGGACAGCAAUGUCUUUACAGUAAUAACGGGGAGAAAGCUGCACAAUGCACCGACUGACUUUGAAUUCUGCAUAAAACCUAACAAAGUAAGGAAUGAAGUGAAAGAACUGAGGAUGUUGUGCGCAGAGGACGAGCAGAGCAGAACAUGCUGGAUGACAGCCUUCAGACUCUUCAAGUAUGGAAUUUUACUCUAUCAAAAUUACAAGAUCCCCCAGCAGCGAAAAACGUUGCUUUCACACUUCUCAGCGCCUGUGAGGAGUGUCUCAGAGAACUCUCUUGUAGCCAUGGAUUUCUCAGGGAGGAUAGGCCGAGUGAUUGACAAUCCCGUGGAGGCUCAGAGUGCUGCCAUGGAAGAGGGACAUGCCUGGAGAAAGAGAAGUCAGCGUAUGAAUAUCCUAGGAAGCCCCAGCCCAUUACACCCCUCAUCAUUAAGCGGAGUUAUCCACAGAACUCAGCUUUGGUUUCACGGUCGUAUUUCACGGGAGGAGUCCCACAAGAUGAUCCAUCAGCAGGGCAGAGUGGAUGGAAUGUUUCUCUUGAGGGAUAGCCAGAGCAAUCCUAAGGCGUUUGUACUCACACUGUGUCACCACCAGAAAAUCAAACAUUUCCAGAUUUUACCGUGUGAAGAAGAUGGUCAAAUGUUCUUGAGCCUUGAUGACGGCGCCACCAAAUUCACGGACCUGAUCCAGCUGGUGGAGUUUUACGUGCUGAACAGAGGAGUUCUGCCUUGCAAACUUAAACACCCCUGCACCACUGUGGCCUUAUGACCUCCGUUUGCCUGAUUCCGCCUAAAGACAAACACUCAGACGUCGUGUGCUGUGGUGUAAUGCUGUGCUGGAGAAAAAGCACACUGCAAGAGCAGCUCGCUAUCAAGGAGAGAAAAUCAAAACAACAAACACAAACAGGACCAGCAAGAAAUAAAGGAAAUAAAGCUUGUGUAUUAGCUGCUGAUGAACCUCUCAGCCACCUGCACACUCAACCGUGGCCAGAGCAGGUUCUCAGGACAAUCAUCCAGAGGGAGUCUUCAGGAUCCACGGUCUUAAUCGUGCAGAUAAUGAUUUGGGAAGACCAGCGGAACACUCGUAAAUCACGUUUGAUUUCAUUUUGCACUCAUGAACCAGGAACAAGCAAGCUAUAGCAAUUGUUGCUUUCAUAAAUCAAGCAGAUUUGAUUCUAGAAUGUCCUGUGAGAUGUGGACAGCCGAUUGGUGGUUUCAGUACUGUGAAAAGACAUUGCCGUUAAAUUCAUGCUUUCGAUCAUUUUCACCGGUAAUCACUAGAAUAUUUAGCCACUUGUCUUAUUUUUCUUAUGUGCUCAUUUUCUUGAGCAAAGAACUCUCAUGCAUAAUGCAUUUGGCCUCUUUUUUGUGUAAUUUUUUUUUUUUUUUUAGUUUCUCCCCCUCACAAAAUAUAACCUGCAAUGCUCUCUACUGGCUAUACCAAGAAGUGACAUGUCCCUUCACUCCUACAAGGAAUAGUUAAUCUCAAAAAUGAAAUUGGGUUAUUUACUCACCCUAUUGUUGUACCAAAACAAUAUUACAUUUUAAAAGUUUGUUUUUAUUUUUUAUUUUUUUUUUGUAGAACACAAUAAGAUAAAUUUGCCAAGCAAAUGUAU